UUUUUUUUUUUCCACUUUACUUUAAUUUCAAACCAAUUUUUUUCUUCACACCACAAAAAAAUGGCCGAUUGGGAUUCCAAACUUAUUGUCAGCAAGCCUCAGGCGCGCACCGCCACCGUGCGCACCACCAGCCAGCUCAACGCCGCCGCGCGCAGUGGCAACAUCAUAGCGACCGAGCGCGCCUCCAGCGUAGCCAACAAAUCCCACCACGUAAACACUGACCACCGGCGUAUCGCUGAACUCGACCGCAGUGACGAUGUUAAACCCCCACCUACGAUUAAACUUGGUGUUGGAAAAGCCAUCAGUGCUGCUCGUCUGAGACUGGGGCUUACACAGAAGGACUUGGCUACAAAGAUUAAUGAGAAGAACAGCGUUAUUAAUGAUUAUGAGAAUGCUAGGGCGAUUCCGAAUCAGCAGAUUCUGGGAAAGUUGGAGCGUAUUUUGGGCGUUAAACUACGUGGGUCGGAUAUUGGCGCUGCUCUGCCUGCUCCUGGUGCCAAGAAGGCGGCAGCAAAGUAGCUUUUUUAAUUUAAUUUAUAUUAUUUCUCUCCAUACAUAUCAUAUUAUUUUAAAAUCGAAAAGACAAACCAAUAAAAUCGAAAAUUUAGA